AGGAAGUGGUAGUGCACAAAAUAGCAUUGCGCACGGAAUAUUCUGUUUCUGUUUAAAGUUAAUCCCGUUAUUUUUAGAACGAAUGCGUUGUAACACCAGACACCGAUUUCAUUGGACCUCUCACAGCCUUGACACAAUUACAACAUCUUGCGUAACUUAAGUUAGCCCGAUGCAUGAAGGAAUGCAGUAAUCUGAACUAACCGUGAAGUCGCAGCUAGCCAACAUCAGGACAGCUGGUCAGCCAGCCAGGACACUGAUUUUGCAGUAGCCCUCUAUUUUGCUAUCUCAAGCAGACAAUGCCCCAUCUCAAAAUCAACGGGGUGACCGUGGACUUUCCCUUCACGCCAUAUCCAUGUCAGACGGACUACAUGACCAAAGUGCUUGAAUGUCUAGAAAACAAGAAGAACGGGGUCCUGGAGAGCCCAACGGGCACGGGCAAGACGCUGUGCCUGCUGUGUGCUACGCUGGCAUGGCGACAGCACUUUAAGGACAAUAUCUCUGCCCGCAAGAUUGCAGAGAGGAUAAAGAGUGCAGAGUCCAUGCCGUCUUGGGGGACCACGGCCACCGAUGGAGAGACAACCAUGUACUACUCAGAUGUGCCAAAGAUCAUCUAUGCCUCCCGCACACACUCUCAGCUCACACAGGUCAUUGGAGAGCUCAGGAGCACAUCAUACAGCCCUAAGGUGUGUGUCCUGGGCUCGAGAGAGCAGCUGUGCAUCAACCCAGAAGUGAUGAAGCAGGAGACCAACCAUGUCAAGGUGCACAUGUGCAGAGCAAAGGUGUCGACACGCUCCUGUGUUUUCUACAACAAUGUUGAAGAGAAGAGCACAGAUAAGGAAAUCAUCAACUCCAUACUGGAUGUGGAGGAUCUGGUGAAGGCUGGAAAUAAGCAGAGGGUAUGUCCGUACUACCUGGCCAGGAAUCUGAAGCAGCAAGCGGAGAUCAUCUUCACACCGUAUAACUACCUGCUGGACCCCAAGAGUCGAAGGGCCCACAACAUUGAGCUGCAGGGGGCCGUGAUCAUCUUUGAUGAAGCCCACAACGUGGAGAAGAUGUGUGAGGAGGUCACCUCGUUCGACCUGACCCCGUAUGACCUGACGUCGGCGCUGCAGGCGGUGGACAAGGUGCUGCACGAGCUGGUAGAGAAUUCUGGGAAGGAGGAGGACUUCACCGAGUCAUCCAGCUCCUCAGCUCUGAAGCUGGAUGCUAAAGAUGUGGCCACAGUGAAGCAGGUUAUAAUGGAUCUGGAGAUGAGCAUCAACUCCUAUGAGUUGCAACCAAACAGUAAGGGCCUCACCAAACCUGGCAGCUUCAUCUAUGAGCUCUUCCAGAAAGCCCAGGUGAACUUCCAAACCAAGACAGCGGUCGCGGAAACCAUAGACCAGAUCACCGGAUACUUGUCUAACCAAUCUGGAAUUUUCCUCAACACCAAUGGACUGCAGAAGCUUGGAGACAUUAUCCAGUUGGUGUUUGCAGGGUUUACAGAGGAGCCGUCGCAGACGCCAACCAAAGAGCUUUUGGAGAAGAGAACUCAGCAGUUUAAGGUGCAUAUUCAUGUUGACUCCAGUAAUGCCAAGAAGAAGCAAACAGACAUCUGGGCCCCGACACCAUCCAGGAAACAGGGUAACGUGUUGAGCUACUGGUGUUUCUCGCCGGGUUUCAGCAUGCAGGAGCUGGUGAGGCAGGGAGUACGCUCCCUAAUACUCACCAGUGGCACUCUCUCACCCCUCUCCUCAUUCACAGCUGAGAUGCAAAUCGAUUUUCCUGUGUCUCUAGAGAAUCCCCACGUUAUUCAGAGAGAUCAGAUCUUCGUAAGCAUCAUAGACAAGGGCCCAGACGGUACAUUCCUCAGUUCUGCAUUCGACAGACGGUUUCUUCCUGAGAAUAUGUCCUCCCUCGGGAACACUGUUGUGAACCUGACGCGAGUGGUGCCUGACGGCCUGCUGGUCUUCUUCCCUUCCUACCCAGUCAUGGACAAGACCCUAGAGUUCUGGAGGGGCAAUGGGCAGGCGGAGCGGAUCGAAAGCAUCAAGCCCAUGUUUGUGGAGCCGAGAGGGAAAGGCACCUUCACAGAGGUGAUUGAUGGCUACUAUGAACGUGUGAAUGAGCCCAGUGGCCGUGGGGGAAGCUUCUUUGCAGUGUGCAGAGGAAAGGCAAGUGAGGGUCUGGACUUUGCGAACUCGUAUGGGAGGGGUGUGAUCAUCACAGGGCUUCCCUUUCCCCCCUUCAUGGACCCCCGAGUCACCCUCAAGAUGAAAUACCUGGACGAGAUGUGCCGCAAGAAGGUGCCUGGAGUUAAGUACUUAUCGGGACAGGACUGGUACAGACAGCAGGCCUCCAGAGCUGUCAAUCAAGCCAUCGGGAGAGUCAUCCGACACAGAGAAGAUUACGGGGCCAUAUUCCUCUGCGACCAGAGGUUCAAGGGUACUGAUGCUCGUGCCCAGCUGCCCUCUUGGGUGCGGCCGUAUGUGAAGAAGUACGAUAACUUCGGCUGCAUGGUCAGAGACGUCGCCCAGUUCUUCAGAGUCGCUCAGAAACUAAGGCCCCUUCCAGAAAAGAAGCCUCCUCCUGUGCCCAUGGCCCCCGGUCUGUGUGGGGGCAGCAGCAGCAGUUUGGGCGGCGGAGACUCAUGCAGGGGGGGUGGGGCUAUCUCCUGCUCGUCCAGUCAGAAGGCCAAAACACUGGACUCCCACGUGCCCAGCCUCAAGCGCCGCCGCAUAGAUUCCACAGAGAUGGGAGGGGGUGUGGCCAGGCUGUGUGUGCAGUACGAGGCUGAGAUUCCCACCAAUCAGAGGAGGGCUCAGGGGCUGCUGGACGCCCUGGAAAACACAGAGCACAGCGGACCAAUGCGAUCAGACACACACAUUCAGGAGAGGCUGGAGGAGCUGCCCAGCGAUGUGACCCGUAGCAACAAGCGCAAAAUACGAUUGGUCCAGAGGCCGUCAACUGCCUCAGCAUCAGCGGCAGCGGCGUCCUCCCAGAGGUCAGAGGCCACGGAAAGGUCAUGGAAAGGUCACGAGUUCCUGGUGGAGCUGAAGAGGCACCUGAGUCAGGAGAGCUUCUCUCGCCUCAUGGAGGCCCUCAAGGCCUACAAGCAGACAGACAACCUCAUGGACUUCAUAGCCAAGGCAGCUGCCCUUUUGACGCCAGACCCCAAUACACAUCGCCUACUACGAGGUCUUUACCAGGCGGUGCGUCCACACCAUAAGAAGCGUUUCCAUGAGCAGUGUGUGAUUUUAACUGGAGAGGGCUGCUGCUACAAGCCUGAACACUCGCUCAGCAAGGAUGAGAAACGAGCACUCACCACACACAAAGGCAGUGAAGCAUCGUCAGGCCCAGACGAGGUCUCAGCCUCAGCCUCAGCCUCAGCAGCAUCACUGCCUGUAUCCUCAUCAACAUCAGCAGCAGCAUCAGUCCCAUCUGCAGCAGCAUCAAGGUCAUCAUCGUCCUCAUCUGCGUCAUCAGCAGCAGCAUCGUCUGAGCUGAAGGACUUGAUGGGGGAUGUCCAGCGGGCGUUAGGACCCAGCAGAGCCAAGGAGCUCUUCUCCUGCCUCACCUCCUACCGCAAGACGCAACUCUACGACCAGAUGGUCACCACAGUGGUCGGCAUACUCUCAGAGAAGGACGAAUACCUGCCACUGCUAAAGCGGUUGGAGGUCUUCAUCCCCAAAAGUGAUCGCAUUCGCUUCAAGGAUAUGAUCUCUUCCUUAACCGGAGGGAGCGAUGAGCAAGACAGCCAACCCACAGGCACCAGCCAACCAAGGGGGAACUCCCAGACCUCCCAGACCAAGAUCUCCACCUUCUUCACGGGUCAGAGGUAGCACCCUCUGUGCAGUGAUGAACUGAUCUGAUGUGUGUGUGUGUGUGUGUGUGUGUGUGUGUGUGUGUGUGUGUGUGUGUGUGUGUGUGUGUGUGUGUGUGUGUGUGUGUGUGCGCGCAUUAACCACUUUCCAAUGAGGAAUUUGUGCCAAUUAUUGCAAUGUUAUCUCUUACACAUCAUUUUAGUCUUUCUUUUUAUUUUACAAUGUUAGAAAAAAUAAAUUAAAGUAUUUAACUUUG